GGCGCUGUGCAAGUGACGUCACGCUGGGAAGAUGGCGGAUCGCCGGAGGUUUCUGCCCGGGUUUUCUGCAGGGUCCCUGUUUUCUUCUGGCCAGUCUUCCCAGGAUUGUGAUGUCCUCACCACUGAGGACUGUUCAGGAAGUGAUGAAGAUGAAACCAAAGAUUCAGAUAUGGUUGGAAUGCCCCCAGCAUUCAGAAGUUACUGGAAAGCAGCUGUAACCAAACCCAGUAACUUCACUGCAUGGACUAAACUUGUAGCAUAUUCAGAGAAAGAGAGACACUUGGCAGCUUGUAGGAAAGCUUUUGAUGCCUUCCUUACUUAUUUCCCACUUUCUCAUAUUUAUUGGAAGAAGUAUGCCGACAUAGAGCAGCAUUUUGGAAUUGCAGAAGAGGUUGAAAAGAUCUUUACUCGUGCCGUGAAGUCAAACCCACUGAAUGUGGCCUUGUGGACAAGCUACAUCUUAUUCUUGUUAAAGAAAGUGAAUACGAAACUGCCAAAGUCUGCUGAGAAGUUACGAGGUCUGUAUGUUUACAGGGUGUUCAAGGAAGCGGUUGAUGCCUGCGGCAUGGAGUUCCACUCAGACGAUUUCUGGAGCCUUUACAUAGAAUAUGAGAUAAAACACAACAAUUUCAAAGAAGCCGUGGCGCUGUAUGAUCGCGUCCUGAAUAUCCCCACUCAGCAGUAUGAAAUGCAUUUUGAAAGGUUUAAAAUACUAGUAUCCAGUCGCUCUCCUGUUGAAUAUUUGACCACGGAGGAGAUCAUCGCAAUACACUUCAAAAUACAGACUGAACAUUAUAACGAUCAGAUUGCUGUGGAGGAUUUACCAUCCGAUGACAUAACAGACUCUCUGUCGGAAAGCGAUCUGCAGAAUAUCCGUCAGCACGUUCUAGAUACAAGGAAACAGAUGUACCUUUUGAAUGAAAUACAAGUCAAAAAACGUUCUACGUUUGAAGAAGGGAUCAAGCGUUUGUAUUUCUUUGCAUCACCAGUAAAUGUUAAGCAACUUCGAAACUGGAGGAAAUAUCUGGAUUUUGAGAGGUCUGAGGGUCAGCAUGAACGCAUAGUCAUGCUGUAUGAGCGGUGUUUGAUGCCAUGUGCAAUGUAUGAAGAAUUCUGGCUCUCGUAUGCUAAGUAUAUGGAAGAACAUUCCGUAGAAGCUGCCCGUUCUGUAUUUGAGAGAGCCUGUCGGAUCCAUUUGCCACUGAAAUUUACACUACAUCUUCAGUGGGCUUUAUUUGAAGAAAAGCUUGGACAACUGGAUUCUGCUCGAGCCAUUAUGUGCAACCUGGAGAAGGUGUUACCUGGAGUGGUCAUGGUGCGCCUAAGGCGUGUGAACUUUGAACGGCGGAAUGGAAAUCUGCAAGAGGCAGAGAGAUUACUCAGAGAAGCUGUCCAAAAUAGCUCGGGCACAGAAAUGGCAGCAUUUUAUGCCGUGAAACUUUCUCGACUACUUCUAAAGCUGGAGAAAGAUCCAGAAAAGGCCAGAGAUGUACUAGUUGACGCUCUCAAGAAGGAUCCGAAUAGUCCUUACCUGCAUCAGUGCCUGUUGGAGGUUGAGAUGGCCAGAGAUGAUGUGGAUAGUGUGAUGCAUUGUGUGAAAAGAGCCCUGAACAGCAACAUCCAUGAUGCUAUUAAGGGGAUAUUGUCACAGAGACGUCUAGAGUUCCUGGAAGACUGCGGCAACAAUAUUAAAAGUUUACUUAAUGCCUACGAUGAGCAUCAAACACUACUGAAGCAGGAAGAGUUCAAGAGAAAAGCUGUUCAUGACAAGAACGAAGAAGAAAAGAAUAAAAAAGCUAAAACCCAGUCUGACAGCGCCUCAAUAGAGGACAAUAUUUCCACCUCAGGAAUUAUGCCGCAUGCAGCCGCAUCUGUAGCACCUUUACCAUCAAAUCAAAGUCUUUCUACAACUAAUACAACUACAGCAGAGUCCUCUACACAUCAAACUAUUGUAAACACACCAAAAUCAACUAACUAUGUCCAGUAUAAACCUACCCCUAGUCCAAGGGGUAAGGUUCCUGUACCAAGACCUACAGUACGACCAUAUAUACCUCCUCACAGAGCACCAAUUCCACCUUUGAUGCCCUCCUUUUUUGGAGGUUCUGUUCCCCCACCAAGAAUGUCUUUUCCACCACCUAUACCUCCUGUUCCUCCCUACACUUAUGGACCAUGGAUGCAGAACUAUAUGGCAUACAGGAGCCCACAGCCUUGGAAUUACAACAGAUUUUACACACCCUUUUGAUCUCACUUUAUUGGAAUUUAGUAAAUUGUUGCCAACUCUUAAAGCAGUUAAGGAGUAUUUUUAUGUCACCCUUGUUUUGGAGACCUUCCCAAAAAGUUACUGUUUUAUAUUCAAAUUUACAAUGGAAAAGCAGUUGCUUCCCCCAGAAACAUCCUGAAGCGACGAAUGUGUGGCAUGUUGCCAGGUAAACAGGCAUACAGAUGAUCAGCCUUUGUUAAUGAUGGUCAUUGACAUCUACCCAAGGCUUGUGUCAAGGCUGGGCUGAAGCAGCGUGGUUGCAUCAGGCAUUUCUUUUUCUUGGGAACAGCAGGAAUGGAUCCCAAAGAGACAUGCAAACCAAGACAGCGUGUGAACCAGGCCUUACUUGGUGUAUGUUUGGUUUUCUUCAGAAUUUAGUUUCACGUGUUCAAUGGACUUGGAAGAGCCUACAAAAUGUGAUGCCAUGUACAGUUCAAUGAAUUUUUUCCUUUUUUAUUUCUGUAAAUAAAGUUAAAAACAGAAAC